CUAUCUCAAAAUCUGACGAAGCAACCUAUGAAAACUAGAGGGUUGGACUUUUUUUUUCAGACCUCAGUGAGGUGAUAUCCUAUUGCUUACAGCAGAGAGGCAGGUCAGUCAGGUUCUUGGCUGCUCUAUUACACAAGCAAGAUACUGCCUGCCAGCCAGCAACCGGCUAGCCCCACCUAAUUUUGUUUCUCUAGCAUCUGCCUGUCUGUGUCCUGCCCAGUGCCUCACUGUCACACUUAACCCAUCUGCUUUUUCUUGCUCCAAGGACUCAUUCCAGCUAGGCCAACUUGAUAUUUUAUUCCCCAUCUGUAAACACCUGUUACUUCUGAAGAUUCCUCAAACUAAAACCAAUACCAAAGAAGGCUACCAUGUUGACCUUAGCCAAAAUUGCAUUUUUUUCAAGUCUGUUCAUUUCAUUAUCAUUUGGAAGACCUGAGAAACAAAAUCCAGGAAGAAAUGUAACUCAGUACACCAUAGAAGAUUUGAAAACAAUUGGAAACAAAUCCAGUCCUUUGAAUAGGAGCUCAAAUGUGACUUUGGAGAAUAAAAGUAGUAACAUCUCCAAACCCAUACUGACAAAUACCUCUCAUUUGGAUCUAACCACAGCCUAUGAACCGGUAAAUUUCACCAGUAACUGGCUAACAACUAGUUCUACUGAAGGUCCAAGACCCACCUCCAAAUAUUCUGCUCCUCCUUUGGCUCAUGACUUUGUUUCCAAGUCACCUUUAAACUCAUCUACAGCAGAUGUAGAUCCUUUACAGGUCUCAGGACAUUACUAUCCUAUAGAUCCCACAUCACCAGAAAACUUUACUUGGUCUCUGGACAAUGACACCAUGAACAUUCCUGAUAAUAUUUCCAGUACCGUCAGCAUCCUUCCUCUGCCUCCAAUAACGACACCUGUGACCCCUUUGACAAGUGAACCUACUGGAUGGCUUGACACAAACAAUGAUGACUUCGCGGGUUUUACACCAUAUCAAGAAAAAACAACUUUACAGCCUACCGUAAAAUUCACUAAUAAUUCAAAACUUUUUUCCGAUUCAUCAGACCCUCCAAAAGGGAGUAAGAAUACAGGAAUAAUAUUUGGAGCCAUUCUAGGGGGAAUUCUGGGUGCUUCCCUGCUUAGCCUUGUUGGCUAUUUAUUGUGUGGACAGCGGAAAACAGAUUCAUUUUCCCAUCGGCGACUUUAUGAUGACAGAAAUGACCCAGUUCUGCGAUUAGACAAUGCACCAGAACCUUAUGAUGUCAAUUUUGGAAAUUCUAGUUAUUACAACUCAGCUGUGAGUGAUUCAUCCAUGCCAGAAGGUGGAGAAAGCGUGCAAGAUGGCAUUCCCAUGGAUGAUAUACCUCCACUUCGAACCUCAAUAUAAAACUAGAAGGAUGGCUGCUUAGGACAAGAGUUCAUCAUCAUCUUGACGUUUGUGUAAAUUCACCUUUCAAGAGGUUCUGCGAGAUCAUUGCUGUGCCACCUGCACAGGGAGCGCUGCAAAAGCAGAAGGUGUGCAGCAGAAACAGAGCAGAUCCGUCACCUGAAAGCUUUCUUUCCUUACAGUCUUCAGCUGGGCUGAAAUGUGUUUUAUAUAAUCAUGCUUUGUAUUUUGGUUUGUUUCUCUGGGAAACGUUUGUGGAAUAAGGCAAAAUUAAUACACAUCACCAUGGUAGCACUGACUGAUAACUUAAUAAUAACCAUUCUUCACACAAAAUCUGAGGACCAAAGCCAUAUUUUAUGUUUAAACAAGAAACUGGAGUUAACUCUUCACUCCUUUUCUCUGUAAUCCAGGAUCACAAAUCAAGCAUUUUUGGGGGGGGCAUAAUUUGGAUGGUAAUUUUUUGUUUGUUUAUUUCUAAGCCAGAAAUAUGAUAUGGCAGAGUUUUUGAUCGUGAGAAAUUAAGACAAUAAUAAUGAAAACUUGUCACAUUCUAAUACAUUUCACUUUUUACAAUAGCGCGUGUCUGCGUGCACAUGCAACACACACACACACACACACACACACACACACACACACACACACAUGCACAAGUCUUUUCGCUUGGCCAGUUGACAAUGAAUGCAUUCAUCAGGACCAGCAAGAAAACUGACUCUAUCCAGGAAAAUGAUACUCUCCCUUAAAGUCCUCAAAGUCCUUACAGCAAUUCCAACUUGCACAUCAGGUACACAUCAGGUUUCAGUUAAUUAGGUACCUUAGAAUAUCAAUGAGAAACGUGAGGGAAAGGUUAAAAAUAUACUUCUACUUAAUUAGUAUGGAUUUUACUUGCUGGCUAGAAAUAGAAUUUGCAACACAUUACAUUUUGUUCAAUCAUAUAUCUAUCUGUACGUCCCUCUAAAGGUAUGAAGCACAGGGCAAAACAAGUAAAAGCCAGGCAGUGGUGGCACAUGCCUUUAAUCCCAAAACUUGGGAGGCAGAGGCAGGUGGAUCUUAGUGAGUUCGAGGUCAGCCUGGUCUACAAAGCUACACAGAGUAACCCUGUCUCGAAAAACAUAACAACAACAACAACAAACAAGUAAAAUCAUCAAGCAAACUCAUCACCACUUCUUGUACCAGUAAUAAUACAAGAGGCCUAAUUUUGGUUUUAGUUUGCUUUUGGUCAACACCCAUCUUUGAUAGUCUAAGCCUAAGAGACUAAAGGAUUAAAUAAGAGUUAAAUCCCAAUAAAUAAAUGUAUGAAGAGGGAAAACAAAUAAGUACUGUCUUAGAGAUUUCAUUGUUGAAUCCGUACAUGGUAUGAAUGGCACUUGCAUGUGGGGUGUGUGUGUGUGUGUGUGUGUAUUCAUGUGUGCAUGCACACUUGAGGGUACACAUAUGUAUGUAGCACAGAAAUAUAGUUAGAAAGUCAGAGUUGAAAAAUUAGUAAUGAAAAGAAAUACUUACCCCAUAUUGCCAUAAAAAUAGCAAAGAAGACUGUCCCUCCAUUAUCAAACAAAUAUGUUACCUUAAUAGAAAAAAAUAGAAACAUUAAUCAUACUAAUUAUUGAUUAUACUAAAAUAGAAGAUAUUGUUUGUAUUAGGUACCAUAAUUUCUCUCCAGAUUCUAUCACAACAUUGUAUAGUCUAUUAAUCUAUUGACUUGGAAUCUUCAUUGGUCCUCUGAUAAUUUAUGUAAUUUCUUCAUGGGAAGAGAUGAGGAAACAACAGAUUUUCCUUCUGUCUUCCCUCUGAUCCUUUUGUACCCUAACUUCAUUCUGGCUUUUAAGUGUUUCUGGAUCCCCAAAGAAAUCACUUUACACCAUAGUCAAACAUAUUCAUACUGUGAAAUGCAAAAUGUUAGUGUAAUUAAAAGAAUUAUAAUUUUUCUUUCUGUCAGCAAAAGUUUCCAGAAUGGGGAAGUUACACAACAAAGAAAAGAAGUAUUGAGCAAGCUUCUUCUACCGAAUGCUGUCAUGGUGCUACUCUUGUUCAUGUUUUCCAAAGUGUGCCAUGGCUGCAGUAUUGAUUUACUUCAUGUAAAGAGUUUCAUCUUAAGCCGUUUUAAGAAGUUUUAUUCAUAAAUCAUCAAGCACAUUUUAAUUAGCUAUUAUCUGAUAUAAUUAGCUGUUACCUGAUAUAAAGUUUGAUAAAGGAUGUAAAUUAUUCAAUGUUAUAGAAUAUAAUUUUCAGAAUUGCAAGGACUGAUGAUUUUAAUAAAAUUCAUAUGUAGUAAAGUCUGAUUUGCUAGUGUUUCUUUAAUUUACACAACACUUUUGUCAGAAAUUAGUUAAAGUAAAAAUUUGACAUGUAAAUAAAUAUCACUGAAAAAACAGCAGUCCUCUGAAUAUAUAUGGGGGAUACAUUGCAAAGUACUUCAGAACUUCUGACUGUGCUAAACCCUGUUUGAUA